GCCUGAGGAAGUUUGUCCCUCUGCCGCUUCCGUUCACGCUGAGAGCAGGCAGCAGGAGCAGCGGUAGUAAAGAUGGAAACAGAAUCAACGGUCCGCAGAAUCAGAGCCCAACAGAAGCAGCAGAAGCAGCCGGGCUGUAGCGAUGAAGCAGCCGCGCUGAACGGGCUCCCGAGGCGCAAACACAAGCCGGAAGUGAGCGCUGGGCUGCUGGGCGAGAGUUCCGCUGUGCUGCUGCUGCUCGGGUUCGUGUGUCUGCUGUGGCUCCUGGUUCUGCUCUCUCUGCGACAGCUCGUCAUCAGCAGCCCGGGACUCUUCAACGCGAUCCGGGCCAGGAAGCAUUUGGAGCGGAUCACCAGCGUCGGCCCGCGGACCGUCGGAAGUCCAGAGAACGAGAUCACGACGGUGAACUACCUGCUGGAUCAGAUCGAGCAGAUCCGGAUCGGGAGUCAAACCGGUCCUCACUCCAUCACUGUGGACGUCCAGCGCCCCACUGGAUCCUUCAGCAUUGACUUCCUGGGCGGCUUCACCAGCUAUUACGACCGUGUGACCAACAUCGUGGUCAAACUAGAGCCGAAAACCACGGCACAGCACUUCAUGCUCGCAAACUGCCACUUUGACUCGGUGGCAAACAGUGUGGGAGCCAGUGAUGACGCCGUCAGUUGCUCUGUGAUGUUGGAGGUGUUACAUUCUCUGGCGUAUCUCUCCUCGCCGCUCAAACAUGGAAUAAUCUUCCUGUUUAACGGAGCCGAGGAGAACAUCCUGCAGGCCAGUCACGGCUUCAUUACCCAGCAUCCCUGGGCUCAGCAGGUGCGAGCGUUUGUGAACCUGGAGGCGGCAGGAGUGGGCGGGAAAGAGGUGGUGUUUCAGACAGGGCCGGAGAACCCGUGGCUGGUCCAGGCGUACGUCCGAGCCGCUGUCCAUCCGUUCGCAUCAGUGGUCGGUCAGGAGGUUUUCCAGAGCGGCGUCAUUCCCUCAGACACAGACUUCCGCAUCUACAGGGACUUCGGCAAAAUUCCCGGGAUUGAUCUGGCGUUUAUAGAGAACGGUUUCAUCUAUCACACUAAAUACGACACUCCGGAGCGGAUCCACACCGACUCCAUCCAGAGAGCAGGUGACAACAUCCUGUCUGUGCUCAAACACCUGGUGAUGUCAGAUGAGCUGGCUGACUCAUCAGCCUAUCGUCAUGGUAACAUGGUGUUCUUUGAUCUGUUGGGCGUUACCGUGGUUGCGUACCCUGCACGUGUUGGUACCAUCAUCAACUACCUGGCUGCUGUUGCCACGGUGAUCUACCUGGGCAGGAAGUGCAGGUUAUCUAGCAGUGCAGGCGGCCGCUACACGCGUGAUCUGGCGUGUGCGGCGUGUGUGGCUGUGUUGAGCUGGUUCGUGGCUCUGCUGACGGUUCAGAUCGUGGCUCUGCUCGUGACGCUCGCGGGACGCUCCAUGUUCUGGUACACACACUUCUACGCCGCUGUGUGUCUGUACGGAUCCGUCGCCGUCGGGAAGAUCCUGCUGAUCCACACGCUGGCCAAGAACCUGUACUACGGGGGUGUGAGCAGCGUGGAUCUGUCCGAGCGCUUCUUUGACGUCAGUCUGCUGUUGUGGUGUUGUGCGCUGCUCUUCCUCACUCAGCGCGGCUUGUGUUCGGCGUACGUGCCCAUGAUGAUGGUCGUCUUCCCUCUGGCCAGCAAACUGCUGCUCACCAAACACUUCAGAGCCAGAGGAGCGUCUCUGCAGUACUCCGUCCUGUAUCUGACGGGUCUCGCCGUGCCCUACGUCCACAUCAUGUUCCUCAUCUGGGUGGUGUUCGAGAUCUUCACACCCAUCCUGGGCCGCAGCGGAACCGAGAUCCCCCCCGACGUCGUCCUGGCAUCACUCGUUACCCUGGCAACAGUCAUUCUGUCCUCAUAUUUUAUGCACUUCAUCUAUCUGGCCUGCAGUACGAGGCGGAUCUUGGCUGGUCUGGGAUCAGUGUUUGUGCUGAUGUUCGUUCUGGUCUGCUGUGGUCUGUUCUUCCCGUAUUCUGCUGACCCAUCAAGCCCACGACCCAAGCGCAUCUUUGUCCAGCACAGCACACGUGUGUUGCACGCUCUGGACGGGACGGUGGAGCGCUCGGACUCGGGGUUAUGGAUCAACAGUCUGGAUUACAGCGGCAUGCAGCACAUCACGCCUCACAUCCCUCAGAUCAACGACAGCAUCCGCACACGCUGCUCCGAGCAGCUGCCCUACUGCGGCUUCCCAUGGUUCCUGCCGGUCAAGUUCCUGGUCAAGAAGAGCUGGUAUCUUCCUGCUCCUGAAGUCUCUCCUGAAGCUCCGCUGCAGUUUCGGCUCUUAUCCAGACACGACACUGAGUGGGGAACCGUUAAAAUGAGCUUCGAGGCCAAAGGUCCCAGUCACAUGUCUCUGUAUCUGCGUCCUCACGCCGGCUCGUCUCUGAUUGGCUGGUCGUUCGGUGACGGGACGCCGGGGUUCGAUCUGAGCGGAGAGUAUUUCGUCUUCUACUCUCACGGCCUCGACGCUCCGGCCUGGAGCUUCUGGUUUGAGAUCCAGCCGCCCGAUUCCUCAGACGUGCCUCCAGACCAGGGCUUGAUCUCUCUGGCCGUCUCGUCUCAUUACUUCUCCGGUCCAGACCGGAGCUCGGAGCCGCUGGAGGCUUUACUGAACAGAUUCCCGGCCUGGGCCUUUCCAUCGUCCUGGGUCAGCACCUAUCACAUGUACAGAUACUGAGGGACGCGAGCGGACCCCGUCUCACACACACACACACACACAGAGAGAGAGAGAGAGACACACGACCCCUCAAUCACUGCACACCCAUAAACUCCACACUGGCUCCUUCAUUCACAACAACCAACUGACUUUUCUUUUAUUAUUGUUUUUUUUUUUUUUUUACAUUUUAUUAUUAUUUUUUUAUUUUAUAUAAUUUUUCAUUAUUAUUUUAUUUUAUUUAAAUAAAAAUAAAUAUAUUUUUUAUUUUAUUCGUUUUAGCUUUUAGAUUUUACUUUUUUAUUUUUGAUUCUAUUUAUUUUAUUUUUGUCUGGGUCAUUUUUCAACACACAAUUCCAAUCUAAAAAGUAUUAAAUACUAUUUUGCAUUAAGAUAAUUAAGCCGACCUUUUACAUGGUGACAUAAUUUUUUAUGACCGUUAAACACGUUUUACCCCAAAAUCGAAUGAGAAACUUUUCUUUUAAUUAUUUAUUUAUUUUAUAGUUAUUUUUCACGAGAAAUUGUGAAAUGAAAAUUGCAAAAAUGAACUAAAUACAUAUUUAAUAUUUCUAAAAAUAAAAACGUUUUUCUUUGUGUAGUUCAAAUUAAUAUUACUUGAUAUUUCUGAUUCUUGUUAAUCUAAUCCUGUUUUUAAAAUGAGAUGGUAGUACACUACCAUUAUGAGGAACAUAAAUUAUGAAUAUGGUGUUUAAUUGUCAUGAAUAUAAUGGUUUUGAGAGGGUUUCUCAGUAUUGAUGACUGUUCGCUCGACUGAGAUCGUGUGCACCGAGCACAAUCUCCAGCUGUUUUCAUCGUUCUUGGUGUUUUAUUUUAAUCAACUUGAUCUUGUUUAAAACAGACAUACACUGAUACAUGUCUUUGUCUCAUAUUUCAGAUGAUUGUGUGCUCUUAUUAACCUUGGUGUGUGUUUUGUUUGGGAUGAAAGUGGACAUUCGUUCUGGAGACUGAGCAGAUGUUCUGUAUUUUCAGUCUGUUCUCGUAAUAAUCAUGAGUUUGUCACGGGAGUUAUUAAAAUAACUAGUGCUAGAUUUGCACGUUUGAGCAAAUGAAAGCAGUGACAGAAAACCUGCACAUGUCUGUAUAAUACAGUCAGAAUAAUAACUGUAAUCACAUGAAGCUAAAUGAUUUAUAAAAAUGAUGUUUGUCUUAAUUUCUUGCACUGGCCAUAUUAAGUUUUUGGACUGGAGCUGUACGAAACUCGUUUCUUGUCACAGAGGUGCUGUAGUCUUGAUGAAUCAUGCGUUAAUGUCUGUUAUUGAUUGAAUCGAAUCGUUUCUGAUUUAUGUUUUUAUCAUUUGCUGCAUUGAAUUGUAUUUCUGUUAUGAAUCAGUUUUCUAUAAGAAAUCA